AUGAUGUUAAUCCUUCUUUGGUCCGAAGCUGCUGUCAGAAUCCUUCUUGGGUCCGAAGCUGCUGUCAGAAUCCUUCUUUGGUCCGAAGCUCAUGAUGUUGUCAGAAUCCUUUUUGGGUCCGAAGCUGCUGUCAGAAUCCUUCUUGGGUCCGAAGCUGCUGUCAGAAUCCUUCUUUGGUCCGAAGCUGCUGUCAGAAUCCUUCUUUGGUCCGAAGCUGCUGUCAGAAUCCUUCUUGGGUCCGAAGCUGCUGUCAGAAUCCUUCUUUGGUCCGAAGCUCAUGAUGUUGUCAGAAUCCUUCUUGGGUCCGAAGCUGCUGUCAGAAUCCUUCUUGGGUCCGAAGCUGCUGUCAGAAUCCUUCUUUGGUCCGAAGCUCAUGAUGUUGUCAGAAUCCUUCUUUGGUCCGAAGCUGCUGUCAGAAUCCUUCUUUGGUCCGAAGCUGCUGUCAGAAUCCUUCUUGGGUCCGAAGCUGCUGUCAGAAUCCUUCUUUGGUCCGAAGCUCAUGAUGUUGUCAGAAUCCUUCUUUGGUCCGAAGCUGCUGUCAGAAUCCUUCUUUGGUCCGAAGCUGCUGUCAGAAUCCUUCUUGGGUCCGAAGCUGCUGUCAGAAUCCUUCUUUGGUCCGAAGCUCAUGAUGUUGUCAGAAUCCUUUUUGGGUCCGAAGCUGCUGUCAGAAUCCUUCUUGGGUCCGAAGCUGCUGUCAGAAUCCUUCUUUGGUCCGAAGCUGCUGUCAGAAUCCUUCUUUGGUCCGAAGCUGCUGUCAGAAUCCUUCUUGGGUCCGAAGCUGCUGUCAGAAUCCUUCUUUGGUCCGAAGCUCAUGAUGUUGUCAGAAUCCUUCUUGGGUCCGAAGCUGCUGUCAGAAUCCUUCUUGGGUCCGAAGCUGCUGUCAGAAUCCUUCUUUGGUCCGAAGCUCAUGAUGUUGUCAGAAUCCUUCUUUGGUCCGAAGCUGCUGUCAGAAUCCUUCUUUGGUCCGAAGCUGCUGUCAGAAUCCUUCUUGGGUCCGAAGCUGCUGUCAGAAUCCUUCUUUGGUCCGAAGCUCAUGAUGUUGUCAGAAUCCUUUUUGGGUCCGAAGCUGCUGUCAGAAUCCUUCUUGGGUCCGAAGCUGCUGUCAGAAUCCUUCUUUGGUCCGAAGCUGCUGUCAGAAUCCUUCUUUGGUCCGAAGCUGCUGUCAGAAUCCUUCUUGGGUCCGAAGCUGCUGUCAGAAUCCUUCUUUGGUCCGAAGCUCAUGAUGUUGUCAGAAUCCUUCUUGGGUCCGAAGCUGCUGUCAGAAUCCUUCUUGGGUCCGAAGCUGCUGUCAGAAUCCUUCUUUGGUCCGAAGCUCAUGAUGUUGUCAGAAUCCUUCUUUGGUCCGAAGCUGCUGUCAGAAUCCUUCUUUGGUCCGAAGCUGCUGUCAGAAUCCUUCUUGGGUCCGAAGCUGCUGUCAGAAUUCUUCUUUGGUCCGAAGCUCAUGAUGUUGUCAGAAUCCUUCUUGGGUCCGAAGCUGCUGUCAGAAUCCUUCUUGGGUCCGAAGCUGCUGUCAGAAUCCUUCUUUGGUCCGAAGCUGCUGUCAGAAUCCUUCUUGGGUCCGAAGCUGCUGUCAGAAUCCUUCUUGGGUCCGAAGCUGUUGUCAGAAUCCUUCUUUGGUCCGAAGCUCAUGAUGUUGAAUUCCAGGUGAACUUCUGGCUCGAAGAACUCUUGUUGUUCCAUGCUUUCGAACUCGUCAAAAAGCCAACCACUUACAUCCAUGAUGAUCGCAGCAUAUUUAGCGCUCAAGUUGUUCAGAACAUUGUAUUCAUAAAGAUAGGACAAAUCGAAGUCCAUUCCGCAUCCGUUGUCAUCACAUUGACAUUCCUGUUCGUCAAGGAUCCAUAG